CAGCGCAGCCUGGGUACAGUGCCAAGCACCAGCAUGGGGACCACACACUCUAAGGGUGGCGACAGGCAGGGGUCACCCCCUGGCCACCCUGAGCUGCCCUUCUACGGCUCUCUCCCCAGGAAAUGGAACGAGAAUGUCUUCUUGGAUAAUGAGCUAUUGACCUCCAAGAUUCUGUCAGUGCUGAGGCCCCAGACGGAGCGAGGCUUCAGGGCCGGUGACCUCCGCUACCCUGCCCACUUUCUCAGCUCCGGUUCUGUGUUUGCCUCUGUUGCAGCCUCCCUGAAGGAGCACCCCCGGACCGCACUUCUGUCUGAUGGCAGCAGCCCGGCUCCCUCCCGGAAUGUCGGCAUGACCGUCUCUCAGAAAGGGGGUCUCCAGCCGACACCGAGCCCAGCUGGAUCUGGGGUGCGACUUGGACCGAUCGCUGGAGACAUGGAUGAAGCUGACUCCGUGUUUUUAAAGCUGAAACAGACGGCUGAUGACUCUCUGUCACUCACAUCCUCGAAUGCUGAGUCUGUUUUCAUAGAAGAUCCUUACACUGCCUCACUGAGGUGUGAGAUCGAAUCAGAUGCCCAUGAGUUUGAGGCCGAGUCCUGGAGCCUCUCGGUGGAUGUAGCAUAUGCCAAGAAACAAAAGAAGGAGGUGGUCAAGAGACAGGACGUCCUGUAUGAGCUGAUGCAGACAGAGGCGCAUCACGUGCGCACGCUGAAGAUCAUGCUGAAAGUAUACUCCAGAGCCCUGCAGGAGGAGCUGCAGUUCAGCGACCAGGCAGUCAGCCGCCUGUUCCCAUGCGCCGACGACUUACUGGACAUGCACAGCCACUUCCUCGCCCGCCUUAAGGAGCGCCGGCAGGAGUUCCUAGAGGAGGACAGUGAUCGGAAUUAUGUCAUCCAGAAGAUUGGAGAUGUCCUGGUCCAGCAGUUCUCAGGAGAAACCGGGGAGAGAAUGAAGGAGAAGUACGGUGUGUUCUGUAGCGGCCACAAGGAUGCGGUCGGGCACUACAAGUUACUGCUGCAGCAGAGCAAGAAGUUUCAAAACUUAAUCAAGAAAAUUGGCAACUUUUCCAUCGUGCGAAGGCUGGGAGUGCAGGAGUGUGUCCUUCUGGUCACACAGCGCAUAACCAAGUACCCGGUGCUAGUGGAACGCAUCAUCCAGAACACGGAAGCUGGCACUGAGGACUACAAGGACCUGAGCCAGGCCCUGAACCUCAUCAAAGACAUCAUCUCACAAGUGGAUGCCAGAGUCAGUGAGUGUGAGAGGGACCAGCGCCUCAAGGACAUCGUAGCCAAGACGGACUCGAAGUCAUCCGGCAAACUCAAGAACGGGCGAGCCUUCCGAAAGGAGGACAUGCUGCAGCGCCAGCUCCACCUGGACGGCACGCUGUGCUGGAAGUCCACGUCGGGGCGCUUGAAAGAUGUCCUCGCUGUCCUGUUGACCGAUGUGCUUUUGCUGCUGCAAGAAAAGGAUCAAAAAUACGUCUUUGCUUCUGUGGACUCAAAGCCACCCGUCAUCUCUCUGCAAAAGCUCAUUGUGAGAGAGGUAGCCAACGAGGAGAAGGCCAUGUUUCUGAUCAGCGCCUCCAUGCAGGGACCAGAGAUGUACGAGAUCUACACCGGUUCCAAAGAGGACAGGAACAUCUGGAUGGCCCACAUCCGACGGGCCGUGGAGAGCUGUCCUGACGAGGAGGAGGGCAUUUUCCUCGAGGCUGAGGAGAGAAGGAUGGCUGAAGCCCGCACCAUGAAACUCCGGGACUUUCAAGAGCGACUGAGCCUGAAAGACCAGCUGAUCGCCCAGAGCCUUCUGGAGAAACAGCAGAUCUACCUGGAGAUGGCUCAGCUGAGCGGGCUGGAUGAGUCGGCCCAGUGCCGAGGCCUCUUCCGAGGAGGAGGGGACCCCUCUGAGACCCUACGAGGGGAGCAGAUUCUCAGAUCAGCCAUGAGUGAGAUUGAGGGCAUCCAGAGCCUGAUUUGCCGGCACGUGGGCAGCACCAGUAGCCAAGUGGAAGAGGGAGGUGUCUCUGCAGGCCUGCCUCGGAGGGCUGAGACCUUCGGGGGCUAUGACAGCGUGGGCAGCCCCAACAAGGGUGGCAGCUUUAAAAGGAAGGUGUACAACAGUGACCCCAGGCCCCAAGACUGGCAAGGGCCUGCUAGCAGCCCAGACUCCAUGCCCUGUGACACCACCCCCCCCAGUGGCUGCUUCGAGGAAUCACCACAGGCUGUGGAGAUGCCUAGCGCAGAGAGUAGCUCAUGUCUGCCCACUGUCCUGGAAUCAGAGCUGGUCCACCGGGUCCAGACCCUGUCGCAGCUGCUUCUUAGUCUCCAGGCAGUCAUCGCUCAACAGGAUAGCUACGUGGAGAUGCAGCGAAUGGCCAUCCAGGAGCGUGAGAAGCAGUUCCGGCUGCAAUCAACGCGUGGGAACAUGCUUCUAGAGCAAGAGCGGCAGCGCAACUUUGAGAAGCAGCGUGAGGAGCGCGCGGGUGUGGAGAAGCUGCAAAACCAGCUGCGCCAGGAGCAGCAGCGAUGGGAGCGGGAGCGGGCACGCCAGCAGCAGGAACUGGAGCUGGCAGGCGCGCGACUGCAGGAGAGAGAGGGCGAGGCGCGCCAGCUGCGCCAGCGGCUGGACCAGGAGCGCACAGAGCUGGAGAGACAGCGCCAGGCCUACCAGCAUGAUCUGGAGCGUCUGCGCGAGGCCCAGAGAGCAGUGGACCGUGAACGUGAGCGCCUGGAACUACUGCGCAGGUUCAAGAAACAGAACACUGUACCGGGGGCACUGCCCCCGGAAGUGCUGGCAGAGGCCCAGCCUGCAAGCCACCCUCUCAACUUCAAUGGGGAUGGGCUGGAGGGCCACUUGGCCCCAGCCAAAGCACCAGGAACACAGGGGAGCAUGCUACACGGCACAGGACCUGAGUACGGAGAGCGAUCUGAGGUGGCCCGCUGGGACAGUGCCCCUGCUGAGAGCCGGCCAGCCAAGAGUGAUGUGCCCAUCCAGCUGCUCAGUGCCACCAAUCAGAUUCAGAGGCAGACAGCCGUGCAGCAGCAGAUCCCCACCAAGCUGGCCGCCUCCACCAAGGGGGGCAAGGAUAAGAACAGCAAGAGCAGGGGUUCCCAGCGCUGGGAGAGCUCAGCAUCCUUCGACCUGAAGCAGCAGCCGCUCUUCAACAAGCUCAUGGGCAAGGACGAGAACGCGUCCCGAAACCGCCGCUCACUGAGCCCCGUCCUACCUGCAGCCCACGGAUCUGCGCCUGCCCCAGGUGAGCCCAGCCACUGGCCACUGCGGCUGCCCACUGUUUGCAGUAGCUUCUAACACUCCUGUAACCACCCUCAACUCUCUUCCAGAGCCCUGCUUCCCAGCCCCAAGCCCGGCCCCGGCCGCCACAGCCCCUGAGGCCUUCAAGUCAGGAGGCACGACACUGCCACCUGCCUCCCCAGCUCCCUCGCUGCCAACCACACCGCCCACCACCACAGAUGAAGUCGGCAAGGAAGACGUCAUCUUCUUCUGAGGGGCCGUGGCCCCCAGAGCAGACCCCUUUCCCUUCCUGUCCUGAUAACCCUUUAUGUCUCUGGGGAACCCUGUGGGUGACUGUUCUGUCUGGCCAUCCCCUUCCCCUGCAGCCAGGCACUUGUUCACCUGAGAUUGCCCAAUGGUGGUCUCACAGUUCUCUAUAGAUUUAGUGGGUAGCCCCUUGAACGAACACACACACACACACACACACACACACACACA